CAUUAACAAUGUGAGUAAUGUUGAUUUUUCUAGUGAUGAUUCGGUUGUUGAUCCUAGUUUUAAUAUCAGUAAUUUUACUGCGCCCAGCUCAGAUGCAGAAAGCGAAGUUGUAAGUGUUUUACUACAUACACAUGCUCAUUUAUUGGCUGGUAAUAAUAAAAAUGUAUGUAAAUUUAGGAAAAUUCGAAAAGUGUUGCAAAUGAAGUGGUACUAAAUAAAACCUCACACACGUCGCGAAAAGAAUUAAGAAACUACGGGGAAAGUUAUACUUCAACAGCUGGAAAAAUUGUUCCUGCUCGUGUUGUGCGCCCGCUGGAAUCUUGCAGAAAAAGGUGCGCUGAUAGAAUAACAUACGAGGAACAGCAAUUAAUACACAAGCAGUAUUGGGGGCAAGGCUCCUAUAACUUACGUAAGGCGUAUGUUACUGGCUUGAUUGAAAUUCAAGAAACGAACACUAUUAAAAGAGUUAAGCAUGAAAGAAAUCCUCGAAGCAGAGUGCAUACAUACUAUUAUUUUUUAGAGGUUGGUGGUAAUAGAAUUUCAGUUUGCCAAAAAUGCUUUAGAUUCACGUUAUCUGAGACAGAACAACUCAUAAAAACGGUUGCGAAAGCAAAACUUGAAGGAUGUAGUGUCCGUGGAGAUUUGCGCGGAAAGCAUACGUGCUCAAGAAAACUUUCAAUGGCAAAAGAAAACGAAAUUUUAAAUUUCAUAAAAAGCUUUCCGUCAUAUGAGUCGCACUAUACUCGGCGCGAUACCUCUAAGCGUUAUCUACCGAGUGAUUUGUCUGUAGCUGAAAUGCAUCGCCUCUAUGGAGAUAAAUACGACCAUUCCGUAUCGCUUUCAAAAUUUGCUCAACUGUUUGGAACACUUAAUUUAAAAUUUAAAAAACCUAAAGUUGACACCUGCCACAAAUGUGAUUUGCUUCAAUGUAAAAUACAAGUUGCCAAAUCUGAAGAACUUGAAUCUCUAAAAUUAGAGCAAACCAAACAUCUCGAUCUAGCGCAACAAGCUUAUGAUUCCAAAAAAAAUGAUAAGGGAAAAUCUUUAAAUGAUACUACACUAAAAGUGUUUUGUUUUGAUCUUCAGCAGUGCCUUCCUACACCUCUGUUGAGAACUUCACUGUCAUUCUAUAAAAGGCCAUUAUGGACCUUUAAUCUUACGAUGCAUGACAUUGCAACAAAUCAACCAAUAUGCUACAUGUGGCAUGAAGCAAUAACCAAAAGAGGUGGAAACGAAAUAGCUUCAUGCGUAUUCACUCAUUUAUUGCAAAUAAAUGCAAAUGCAAAUCAUGUUGUUUUCUACAGUGAUUGCUGCCCAGGUCAAAAUAAAAAUUCCUUCAUUGCAACUAUGUUUGCUGUGUUCAUGCAAUUAGAAAACAAUGUAACCAUUAUAGAUCAUAAAUUCAUGGUCCCUGGUCACACGCACAUGGAAUGCGAUAGUGACCAUGCUGCGAUAGAGAAAAAGAAA